GUUUACAUUCCAGCAACUUCCUGAUCUUUUGACGUCACGUCAUUCUACGGGUCCCCGGAUGGACCAUCUUCGUUCUGUUCCCGCGUUUAGGCACGGUAACACAGCGCGCGCGCUCUCUGUAGAUUUUCCUUUUGGCGAACAGAACGGCAGGGAAUGGGUUAAGGAGCGGGGGUCUGGAUUCCUCCUCUCCUGAUCGCCAUGACGAACAAAUGAACUCUCGGGGAAUGAAAUUUAAAUUCCAUAAAGGAGAAAAAGUUCUCUGCUUUGAACCGGAUCCAUCUAAGGCCAAAGUGCUGUACGAUGCAAAGGUGGUGGAUAUCAUAGUGGAAAAGGAUGAAAAAGGAAAGCGGAUACCUAAAUAUCUGAUUCACUUCAACGGCUGGAACCGAAGCUGGGAUCGCUGGGCUGCAGAGGAUCAUGUGCUCCGAGAUUCCGAGGACAACCGCAAGUUGCAGCGUAAACUGGCUCGGAAAGCUUUGGCUCGAAUGAGGAGAAAAGGAUGGAGGAAGAGACGUUGUCGUUUGCCAGGUGUUAACUCCGUGUUAAAAAGCUUACCUGAAGAAGAAAAGGAGGAGAGCGAUGAUCCUUUGAUUUCAUCAUCUGAAGACGGCGACGAGGACAAUUCAGACCCAGAGACUUUAAAAAGCGAGAGCGAGUCAUCUGAGGAUUUUGAUGAAAUGAAAGAAGAGCAGGAGGUGCACCCAAAAAGGGAGAAUGAGGAGAAGAGCAUCACAAUCAACAUCGACAUCCCUGAUGUGCUGAAGAAGAAGCUGGAGGAUGACUGCUACUACGUCAACAAGAGGAAAAAGCUGGUGAAGCUGCCAUGCCAGAUGAACAUAGUAAACAUCCUCGAGUCCUACGUGAAACACUUCACUAUAAACGCUGCUUUUUCUGCCAACGAGCGCUUUCGGCUUCCUCAGAGCUCCACGCAGUCCAGCAUGAGCCCACACUACGUACCGCCCGAGAAGAACGAGGAGCUCUGUAAGGAAAUGGUGGACGGCUUGAGGAUCACCUUCGACUUCACCUUACCCGUGAUCCUCCUGUACCCUAACGAGCAGGCCCAGUUCAAGAAGGUCAGCUCGUCCAAGUUCUUCCAGCCAAUCGGAGAUGCUGCCGGAUGUUCUACCAGGUCUCUCGGCGAGCGCUCCCCAAGUCCCAGCCUGAACCCUUCCACUCCUCAGUCUACGGACGGUUACUCUACUCACAACGAGACGUCCGUCUCACCCGUGAUCACAGCAACAACACCGAAGCGCCGCCGCUGCACCAAUCCCGACACGGACAACACGCACUCCCUCAGACGCUCCACGCGCAACACUUCGGGUGGAGAGAAGAGUGCUGAGGGGGGAGGAGGAGGAGGCAGCAGUAACACCUCACCUCAACCCAAACGCAGGCUCACUGAAGUCCCGACUCCACUGCCCAAGUUCUUCCUCAACCUGGAGAAGCGAACACCGGUCCACAGCGGCUCGUCCUCACCGCUUCCCCUCACACCGAGUAAAGACGGCAGUGGCGUGUUCUCAGGGCUCGAGAGUCACCGGAGCAACGAACUGAAUGAGGUGCUGAGUUGGCGUCUGAUGCCCGACAACUACCCCCUGAGCGAUCAGCCUCCCCCUCCGUCCUACUUGUACGGCUCGCAGCAUCUCCUCCGCCUGUUCGUGAAGCUUCCUGAGAUCCUGGGGAAGAUGCACAUGCCUGAGAAGAAUCUAAGGGCCUUGGUGAAGCACUUGGAGCUUUUUCUCAGCCAUAAGAAUAAAUCCACUGGCUGGCCUCCGCCCUCAGGCAGCUGGACUGGACUGCAGGGAGCUACAUCAUAUGAAUGGGAUGCGACCUCUACACGUGACCCCAGGGACUGCUUUAUCAACCAAGCAUCUCAAUCGAGCGGUUCUCUGGAAGAGAUAGGAGUUCAGGUUCUUCCACCUGCUCCUCGCCGAGUUGAGAUGAGGAGAGAUCCUGUGCUGGGUUUCGGCUUCGUAGCUGGUAGUGAAAAACCUGUAGUGGUGCGCUCUGUCACGCCAGGAGGCCCAUCUGAAGGAAAGCUCAUUCCAGGAGAUGAGAUAAUAAUGAUCAAUGAAGAAGAAGUGGCCACAGUACCAAGAGAACGAGUCAUUGACCUUGUCAGGAGCUGUAAGGAAUCAAUCCUCUUGACUGUUGUUCAGCCAUACCCCUCUCCCAAAUCAGCCUUUAUCAGUGCAGCCAAAAAAGCCAAGCUGAAAUCAAACCCAGUGAAAGUGCGCUUUGCUGAGGAAGUCAUCAUUAACGGGCAGCUUCCUGACACUGUGAAGGACAACUCACUGCUCUUCAUGCCAAAUGUCUUGAAGGUGUACUUGGAGAAUGGUCAGACCAAAUCAUUUCGCUUUGACAACAGCACAUCCAUCAAGGAUGUCAUCAUGACGCUGCAAGAGAAGCUGUCUAUUAAGUGCAUCGAGCAUUUCUCGCUUGUGCUGGAACAGAGGUUGGAGGAAUAUGGCAGCAGAUUGCUCCUCCUGCAUGAACAGGAGAUGUUAACCAUGGUUACGCAGAGGCCAGGGUCACACAAAAUGAAAUGUUUUUUCAGAAUCAGUUUCGUUCCAAAGGAUCCAGUUGACCUUCUCAGGAGGGAUGCAGUGGCUUUUGAAUAUCUCUAUGUUCAGAGCUGUAAUGACGUAGUUCGUGAGCGAUUUGGGCCUGAAGUGAAGUAUGACGCUGCUCUACGUCUAGCUGCUCUGCAGAUGUACAUCCUCUGCCUCACCACACGGCCGACACAGAAGUUCUCAAUGAAGUACAUCCAGAAGCAGUGGGGAUUGGCACAUUUCCUACCCCCUGCAGUGUUCUCCAGCAUGAAGGAGAAGAACAUCAAAAAAGCUCUGACUCACAUCCUGAAAACCAAUCAGAAUCUAGUAGCUCCUGGGAAGAAGUUAACCAUAUUGCAAGCAAAAGUUCACUAUUUAAAGUAUCUCAGUGAUCUGAGAUUAUACGGAGGACGAGUGUUUAAAUCUUUGCUACUGCAAGGCGAUAAGGAAACAGGUGUGACAUUACUUGUAGGACCGAGGUACGGCAUCAGUCAUGUUAUCAAUGUCAAGACAAAUCUAGUGUCCCUGCUGGCAGACUUCAGCCAUGUUAACCGCAUUGAGAUACUUACAGAGGACGAGGUUAAUGUGCGGGUAGAACUCCAUGUUUUGGACGUCAAGCCAAUUACAUUAAUAAUGGAGUCCAGUGAUGCCAUGAACCUGGCUUGCCUAACAGCUGGAUACUAUCGUCUUCUUGUGGACUCACGUCGCUCUAUUUUCAAUAUGGCCCACAGCAAUAGCAAUGGAGAAAUAGAUAGUGGUCAAGAUCCUAGAGAACUUGAAUGGCAAUACAGUACCUCUUUAGGUAUCUGUGAAGAUCUUAACAAUCAAGAGAUCAUACCUUCGUAUCGACCAGAAAUAGAUUACCCACAGGAUCAAGCAAGAGAGGAUAGCAUAGGCUCUUCUUAUGUUCCAGAGCCCCUUCCUCCUCCAUAUCCAGGCCAUAGUGGAGAGAGGUCACAAGUUAGAAGCAGAAGUCCCCAACUUCCACCUCUUCCACCUGUACAACACCAACCCCAGGAGUCUCCUAGGAGUGCUAAGGUUUCUUUUAUUUUCAGAGAUCCGCUUUUAAACCCACGGAACCUUGGUUAUCAGCGCCUCGUGGAUGAGAGUCCUGAGUUGCUUGAACGGCCUUCUUUCAUUUCCAGCAAUGAUCUGGGCUUUGGCUCUCCAGAUGGAGAGACAUUUCAAAUUAGGCCUCAUGUAGUCUAUAGCAACAUUGGCGAGGGGAAAAUCUUUGACAAUGCUGAAGGUAUCGAAGAGCCUCUUUUACGUGAUUUAUGCUAUGCUGAGACCACUGAUGAUGUGGAGGAUGAGGAUGAGGCUAGCUGUGAAGAGGAUACACCUGCAAUACCUGGAGAGGGUGAAGCUGGGCUGCCAACCAACAAGAUAACAUUUCUCACCCUUUCUGGCUCCAGUGAUGAUAUUAUAGAUUUAACUGCGCUCCCUCCUCCAGAAGGAGAUGAUGAUGAGGAUGAAAAUGAUGCAAUUCUGCUUUCCCUCAACAUGGCCAUUGCUGCACCUCCUCCUGGAUUCAGGGACAGUUCAGAUGAGGAGGGAGCAGAGAGCAAAAGUCAUCCACAAAGUUGCCGUAGCAAUGACAGCAUUCCUGUGUCCCUGAUUGAUGCCGUCCCUACACAUGUUGAGCGUAAUAAUGUCAGAAUCUUGGAUCAUGCUGUUGUGGACACACUGCAAGCACUAGAAGCACUUGCUGUAUCUGAGGAAACCACCCAGCCUCAGUCUAACAGCAUUGCAGGAACCGGCAUAUCACGAGCUUUUAGUCCAGAGUCCUCAUCAGAUUCAGGAAAUGAGACCAACUCCUCAGAGAUGACAGAGAGCUCAGAACAAACUGCAGGCCACAGACUGUCUGAGAAUCCUAUGCGUCUUCUGGUGGCAACCACAGAGGGAUACCAGCCCCUUCAGGAGGAAAAGACAGAAUUCCCUGUCUCCCCUUGCACCAGAGGGUCUAUUCCUAAGCCACCACGCAGUCCCUCAAGACGCAAAGACUUGGCAGUUCAACCAACAACAGUGCCUUCAAUGCAUAAUCUACCUUCUUCUGAUAAUCCAGAGACAGAGCCUGAGGCAAAGGCAGAUAAGUCCUUGGGUAAAUAUCUGGUCAAAUCUCACUCGAGCACGCUUUUGAAUACUGGAAAAAGAUUGAAAGCAAUGGCGACUGAGGGAAGACGAAUAAAAAAAAAUAAGGAUGCACCAGGCAAGUAUAACACCUUCAGUGGAAGAGAAAGUAAUAGAAGAAGACAAUUGGUUGUGAAAGAAUUCUGUGAAAGAUUUCAAGGGCUACAGUCCCCAAUAGAAAAUGAGCCUUCAGGGAGCCAGGUUACAGAAUCUCUUGGUUCAAGAGAGGAUCUAACUGGCAGCAAUAUUAGUCUCCCCACAAAGAAGUUUCAGGAUACUGAACAAACUGAAACCUAUAAGGAUGAUCAACAGAUUCUUCCUCCAUUACGACAAGGAGUGGCACGACUGUGUGAGUACCACCUAGCCAAGCGUAUUUCUUCUUUGCAGAAUGAAGCUCUGUGUUCUCUUCAAAGUUCCCAAUCCUCGUCUCUGGAUGUCGGUGGCAGUACAGGAAGUAGUGCUUCUGCAACACCAGUGGACUCCCCACAUUGUGCCACUGACUGCAAAAGCAAUUUCUCUGGCUCUUCCUCCUCCCUCCUGCUCACGUCAAGGGACCUUCACCCUCAUGCAGAUGCUGCUCUCUUGAGGAAGAUGCUGCCAAAUGUACAUCCCCCGGGAUCAAAUCCACCCCUCAGUGUCCGACCAUCCAAAGUCAAGGAAACCACAGGUACAGCUCGAAGGAGCAACCUUCUAAGUGAUCUGCAUGAAAAAGAUGGCAGUGCAAUAAGUAUAAACACAAAGGAGGGGAGUGAGGCUUAUCGGCAGUUGAUUGAUUAUCUAACAGUCAGCCAUAUGCAUCAGGGUGGCAAAGGCUUUAGGGCAGGGUUUGAGGGCAGCAAAAAAGACCAAAGAAAGCAUAUCAAAAACUCUUCAUUCUUUAUAGACAAGGUUAAAGGUAAAGGGAACUUUAGUAUCAAAUGUCCCUGCAUGCCUCCUUCUCCUUCACUGGUUCUCAGCUCAAACCCUAGUGCAGAUUCUCCAAAAAUAUUCCACUCAACAACUUUGCCUGCUAAAUUGAAGAGGAGUCCUGAUUUGCAUGCUCAGAGACCUGUCAGCAACAUUGAUGUAAGGCCUAAUCAUUCUGAAAGAAGAAGGUCAUAUUCUGGCCUCAAUUGUGAAUUAGAGCAAAGUUUUAACCUUGAUCAGUUCUCAUCUUUAAAUAGGAACCACUUUGAAGGGAUACCUCAUGCAAGCACAGAUGACUUGCUCAUAUCUGACUGCAGGAUGACACUUGCUGUCCAACAGACGCUUAAUGAUUCUUUUUGUCUCUCUAGUGUAGCUGGCACAGAAGACCGCGGAAUGCUGUUGAGAGGAGGAGACUUACCUGCUAAUUUACCAAGGCACAUCAAAACCUGUGCCAUCCCUCUACCCCAACCACCACCACUAUCACUUCCACCACCACCAACAAUACCUCCUCCACCUCAAUCAAGGCUGUCAAAGAGCACCAGUUACAUUGGGCCAACACAAGAGUCACUUGUCCCUCUUAGACAGAACCAUCUAACUUCUCAAGGGUUAAAUCAAUGUAACACCAAUAGUCCAAAUCGUGGCAGAGACAUAAUUAGAAGUACCAGUUUUAUAACUGCAGGAUCUGGAAAUAUUGAUGCACUGAUUGAGAAAUCAAGAGCAUCAUCACUGGCCAGAAAUCAGCAGGACAAUUUGCAUGCAACUGAGCCACAACUACAAAGAAGAACUCCCAAGAAUAAGCUGUCAAAAAGCUACUCACAAGGUUCAGUAGCAUCCCAGACCAUGGGUUGGUCUGUAAGCAACAGGGACAGCAGAAUGGAUUGUGCGAUUUCUCCAGGACAAAAGGAUGCAAAGCAGAUAAGUUCUGCACAGAAGCUGGAUAUAAAUCCCUGGACAUGCAAUAGUCCAUUCAGUUACUGUUUCUUCAAAAAGAAAAACCAGACAGUGGAGGAUGAAGGGGGCAUAGGAGAUGGUUUGAGAAGGCAGCUUUGUCACUUGGAUGAACCAGGACCUUCUCAAUACAACCCAGACACUUGUGUUAUAGACACGAUUGGAGAACAGCUGUAUGCAGAAGUUUUGAACAACAUGACCUUUGGGGACAGACUUGUUCGCAUUAAUGCCCUAAAGGACCACACGUAUGUGUACCCUGCUGUUUUUUCUGAUGUUCGAAGAGAUGCCAGUGAGCUGAUUGCUGUGGUGCGUUCUAGUGUGGGCAGAAGUGAUAGAGGUGCCCCACCUAUGCAGACAGAGCAGCUGGCACAGUACAAGCACUUGCUAGCAAUCGAAUCUAAAGCACUUGGGCAGGCAUGCCACAGGAUGGCUCAAGCACAUGGCAGCCCAGAGGAGAUGUUGCUGGCAGUCAGUUCCAGUUUUCAGGUGCUUUGUAGCUUAUCUGAGAUCUGCAUGUGCUUGGUUCGUGGCUUAGGUGCUUCAGCCAGCCAGCAACAGCGUGAGGUUGCGGCCAAGGUUGAUGAGGUGGUCAUGAACUACAUGUGCUUGCUUCGGGCAGCUGAGGGAGCCUCUGGGAGUUCUCCUGGGGACCAAAGUGUUAAAACACUUGAUCGCCAUUCUAGCACCAUGUCGGCUAUCGUCAACACUCUCACCCGCUCUCUGAAAACACUACUCAACAAGUAGGCCUCUUCUGAUUCAACCUAUUAUUUGCAAAGCCAUAAAUGGACAUCUGGGUUGAAUAAAAACCCUAAAGUAAUCGACUGGAACAAAUACUACUGUGGUGUCCAUAUUUAUUUUUCGUGUUAGAAUGUAUAUACAAAAAAAUUCUAGAACUUUUUAAGGAGCUUUAAAAUGAUUAUUCGCGUAUCCUAAAUAUCUUAUAAUGCUGUAAUGUCCCAUAUUGCAGUUUAAAACUAGAGGAUCAGAGUAAAGGAUUUUGCUAAAGAGUUGUAAUAUUUAGUAUAUAAACUGGCUUCAUAUUGCAAAUAACUAAAUUGCUUUUUUUUAUUUAUUCUAUUUAAUUUUAUUUAUUAUAUAACAACCUAUUGAAAAGUACAACAAAUAUGUACUUAUAUAAUGCUUUUAAUAAUUAUAAUGGGUAAUAAUGGUUUCUGUUUAUUUUGUAUUUUCUGACAUUAUACUUCCUGAGAUUAUAUGUAAAAAUU